CGGGGCAGGCGCCGGAGCGGGUGUGUCUGGAGUGGGGGCGGGCAGAUCCCUGAAGGUGGCAAUUUCCCGGGCCCACGGCGCCGGUGAACAGGUGGAGAGGCCGGGCUGGCCCGGGCUGCGGCCUCAAGCGUCGGGAAAUGGCUGCGGGGGGCAGGCUGGAAGAUAAAUAUUACUGCAGUCCUAUCACUGAAUGAGGUCCAUCAGGCAAGACAUAUGAAACACUGUUCCAGCCCUACAAGAGGGCAGAUGAACACCCAGGCCUCUGAAAGGACCCAUAUUGGUGUGGGCAAAAACAAGAGAUAUCUUCUACAGGGUUCCUUGGAUCCAUCCCAAAGUGUUGAAGAUGACCCCCUUCUGGACACCCAGCAUCUUUCACAUUAUUCCUUACAUGCUCAUUUUAGACCCAGAUUCCAUCCUCUUCCUACGGUCAUUAUAGCAAAUCUUCUCCUGUUAAUACAUGUUGUGUUUGUUAUUUUAGCAUUUGUAACAGGUGUGCUUUGUUCUUACCCUGAUCCAAAUGAGGACAAGUGCCCAGGAAACUACACCAACCCACUGAAAGUUCAGACGGUCAUAAUCCUUGGAAAAGUUAUUUUGUGGAUUCUGCAUUUCCUUCUUGAGCGCUACAUUCAGCAUCACCACAGCAAAGUAAGAAACCGAGGCUAUCACAUGAUCUACCGAUCAACAAGGCAUCUUAAAAGACUUGCAUUAAUGAUACACUCCACUGGCAGCACAGCUCUCCUCCUCACACUGUGCAUACAGCAUUCCUUCCCAGAGCCCAGCAGGUUGUAUCUUGACCUCAUUCUGGCCAUCCUGGCCCUGGAACUGAUCUGUUCCCUGACGUGUCUGCUCAUCUACACAGUGAAGGUUCGAAAAUUUAAUAAAGCCAAACCACAGCCUGAUAUUCUUGAAGAAGAAAAAGUCCAUGCUUACCCUAGCAAUUUUACUUCAGAGACUGGAUUCAGGACUACUUCAAGUUUAGAAGAAAUUAUUGAAAAGCAAGGAGACAUAAUAGUAUACCUGAAGAGACACAAUGCACUGUUGAGUAAGCGGUUGUUGGCUUUCACUUCCUCGGACCUAGGCUCUCAUUCAAAUCGGAUGUGAGAGUUCAAGGUCAAGACAGCAAUUGCAGAGUGAUCCAGGCUAAUACAAGACUGACCACCUGACAAACUGUCAUAGAAAAUGGCAGCUUUUGCCGAGUGACAUUUUAUCACUCUUGUAGAGUACCUGAAUUUGGUUCUCACCUGUGUGGCUAUUUAAUAUGUAGAGCUUGUGGAUUAUGUGAUGGUGAUUUGUCAAGCCUUGAUAUCUCAAUAAUGUCUGUUUUACACAUUUUGAAAUUA